AUGGAGGUGAUAAAUAGUUGUGUAAAAGAGGCAGACAUGGGAAAUGAACAAAUAGUACCUGAUAAAUAUCAUAAUGAAGUUCCAUCAGAUGUUAUGGUGAACAACAAUAACAUUGACGCACAACACCAUGAAAGGGUUGAAACAAAUGAAUCUUUGGUGGAGAGAAGAUGUAGCUUACGACUUAAAAACAAGUCCAUUAGUGAUAAGAGUGAGUCAAUAUUGAGCGGUGAUGCUGAUGAUAAGAGAACCAAGCUCAAUCCCAUCUUACAACAACAAACAUUGGAUAAAGCAUGGGUAGCUUGUGGAGAUAGUGAUGCUUCAAGUUCGAUUGGUACAAGUUUAUUUGUUUUUGAUGAGCUAGAUUUGAAUGGCAUCUUAAUAAUAAGAGAAUCGCUGAGGCUUGCCAAUAGAUCAAGACUUAAAUCGAGCAAGUUGAAUGUUGAUAAAAAUUUGAAUCCUAAGAAAUGUGCUCCUAGCAUUCCCGCAUCUAAGUAUUUUUUAAAGAAGCUACGAAGACUAGCUAAAUUGGGUACAGAUAAGGUCCAUUAUGCACAAGGGAAAAUAUCGAGAGAAUUUUUUGAUUCUCCAAUUUUGGCUUGUAAGGACCUCAGCGGUGGACAAGAAGCUAUUCCCAUUAUUGCGACCAAUAUGUAUGAUAAUCCUCUGGUGGUACCUACUGGUUUUAAAUAUAUCAAAUCUAUUCAAGUUGCACGCAAUGUGGAAGUUCCACCCUUUGUUGGUAGAUGCAAUUGCAUAGGAAGUUGUAUGAGUUGUUCUUGUGCUGGCCUUAAUGGUACUGAGUUUCCAUACACUCUUCAGAAUGGUGGCAGGUUGAUUGGGGCAAGAGAUAUCUUAUAUGAAUGUGGGCCAAAUUGUGGCUGUGGACCUGAUUGCCGCAAUCGAAUUUCUCAAAAGGGUUUAAAGUAUCGAUUUGAGGUCUAUCGUACACUUACCAAAGGGUGGGCCGUUAAGACAUGGGACUUCAUUCCCUCUGGUUCACCUGUUGUGGAAUAUGUUGGUGUGCUUAGUAAAAUUGAAGACUUGGAUCCUGAUUCAACAGAUACAUAUGUUUUUGAAAUUGAUUGUUUGCAAACAAUCAAUGAGCUAAAGGGCAAAAAGAGACGGCUAGGUAGUGUAUCACUACCUGCAAGUAUUUGUGCUAACAAAAAUGACAAUGAUGACACCACGAAGAAUGUUCCUGAGUUCUGCAUAGACGCUGGCUCUUUGGGUAAUGUUGCUAGGUUUAUCAACCAUAGUUGCAAGCCAAACCUUUUUGUGCAGUGUGUCCUAAGCUCCUACAAUGAUAUCAGACUUGCUCGGAUUGUACUAUUUGCUAGUGAGAACAUAAGGCCUUACCAGGAACUCACAUGUGACUAUAAUUAUAAACUUGAUAGUGUUAUUGGUCCGGAUGGAAAAAUCAAGAAGUUAGCAUGUCACUGUGGUGCAAAAAAAUGUCGUAAGCGCUUGUACUAG